UGCCGCGCGGCUAAGGCGAAGCUAGUUCACACACGACAGCUCUCUACACCGCUCGCUUCCCGCGAUGACGAUCACGAAGAAGGACUCGGCUUCCAAGGGGAAGUCGAAGGCAACGAUAACGAAAACGAGCAAAGAGAUCGCCUCCACAUCGACCAAGAUCGCCGAGACGAAGAAGCAGGCCUUCACGACCGUGGUGAAGUCCUCCUCUUCGUCCUCCGUCUCCAGAUCCAAGCACCUCUCGUCGACGAGCGGCAGCUCCACGGCGGUACAGAAGUCCUCCAGCGGCGGAAAUGCGAUCCAGUCGGCGGUCAACGGGACGGUGACCAACGGAAAUGUCUCCUCCGAGCUGGCUCUGGCCUCGGGCUCCUCGACCAGCGAAGUCGUCGAAUCAGUCAGCGAGUCCACGCAAGUCAGCCAAUCCAGCAGCAAGAAAGAGUCGUUUUCCAGCAGCUCGAGGACUGUGGUGAUGGACAGCAGCGGAAAUGUCAUCUCCGUCAUAGAGGGAUCCGACGGCGGUUCUUCCCGCCAGGGAGACAGGCAAAAAGCUCUGUCCCAAGCGACGAAACAGCUCAAAGACGGCCAGAGGAUAGUUGUAAUUGGCGGAUCGACCACGGAACAACUCGUGCAGACUGGUGGCGAACAGAUAGUCUCCGAAGUGAUCCAACAGUCGUCGAGUUCGCACAUGGCGUCCAGCAAAUCGUCCACGGUCGUCGAGGAAGUGUCGUCCUCGACAGUCAUUGAAGGACGCCAAAGUAGUGUUUCAGAAGAGUCUUUCACGGGCCGACAGAUCACUGGCCAAACUAUUGCCUCAGAACAGAUACAGCAGUCAAUGUCUACGUCAAAACAAGAAUCGUCCUCCCUCAGUCAGUCCUCGAGCGUCCAGAAUGUGUCCUCCAGCAGUGACGUGCGAGACGGACGCUCUCAGAUGAUGCUGGACAGCUCUGCAUUACAAAGCGGCCGUCAGAUCGCAUUGUCCGAUCGCGGCCGUUCCGAUAUUAUCCAGCACUCCUCCUCGACAUCCUCCGUCAGCAAGCAGUCGUCAGCUGUGGAGAUGUCCUCCAGCACCAGUGUGGUGCAAGAGGGCCGUGAACAAAUAUCGGUCAGUGAAUCGUCUGUGCGCGAUGCCAAGCAAAUGACGGCUGUAUCGGAAACCGUACAGCAACAGACCAAGUCUUCCACAAGCAUCCAACAGUCGUCAGUAGUCGAAGAUGUGUCCGUGAGCACCAGUGUCCAGGAGAGCAUUGGUCGCACGACAGCUUCGGAGGUGACGAGCACACAACAGGUGGUGGCCGGCGAGACAAGCGUCGUGCGAGAAGCGUUGAGCCAGCAGCAGCUGAGUUCCACCGUCAAAGAGGCAACCACCAGUAGCAGCACAUCCAGCCGCACACAGACGCAGAAGGAGGUUUCCGAAAAGAAGACGCUCGCCGUCAAGGAUAAAAAGACUGAGGCCUGGAUCAACCCGUGCAAGGAGCAGUGCAUCUGCGAGAUCUGCACGUGCGGGCGGCACCGAUGCCUGAACCGGCCGGUGACGGACGACGGGCCGCCGCUGGCGCUGGAGCCGGGCGCCGAGGUGCCUCGCGCCUCGCACCUGCACGCCGACUUCCCGGCCUACCCGCCGGGCGCCGCGCAGCGCCCGCGCCCCGUGCGCCUCCACACGCAGCUCGAGCUGCCCGACGGCUCCAUCACCGCCGUCUCCUCCUACCGCCACGACUACGACGAGAAGCACGCCGAGAGGCAGCAGAGGUACACAUACGAGGACCACCUGCAUCUCGAUGGGCAGUUCGAAGGUCAAAGUCACCUUCACGAAGAGUUUCGCGCAGUGCGUGGUGAACGUGCUCCAGUUGUGAAGCAUGGUGACCAUCUUCGUCUGGAGGGAGAGUUUCAAGGUCAGAGCCAUCUCAGAGAAGAGUUCAAACCCGUUCGUGGUGAGCGUGCUCCAGUGGUGAAACAUGGUGACCAUCUGCGUCUGGAGGGGGAGUUCCAAGGACAAAGUCAUCUGCACGAAGAGUUCAAAGAAGUCCGUGGAGAACGCGCUGAAGUUGUGCGUCACUCUGACAACCUGAGGCUCGAAGGCGAAUUCCAGGGACAUAGCCACCUAAGGGAGGAGUUUCGUGAGGUUCGGGGCGAACGUGCUCCGGUAGUCAAGCACGGAGAUCACCUUCGCCUCGAGGGAGACUUCCAGGGACAAAGCCAUAUCCACGAAGAGUUCAAGCAAGUUCGCGGGGAGCGAGCGGAGGUGGUGCGUAGAACUGACAACCUAAGACUCGAAGGCGACUUCCAGGGACAGAGCCACAUAAGGGAAGACUUCCGCGAGGUGAGAGGCGAAAGAGCAGAUGUCGUCCGCCACACUGACAACCUGAGGCUAGAAGGAGAAUUCCAAGGCCAGAGCCAUCUACGUGAGGAGUACACAGUUACAAAAGGAGAAAGGGCUCUUGUCAGAAAGCCUGAGGACAACCUGCGUCCUGAAGGCGAAUAUAGUCCAGAGAAGAGAGACGACUAUGGGGCAACUAGAGGAGAAAGGGCUCCAGUAAAGAAACCACAAGACAAUCUGAGACCUGAGGGAGACUUUGCCAAACGUGAGCCUGUACAAGUUGGACCUGGAGAUAGAGCUCCAAUAAAGAAACCACAGGACAAUCUUAGACCUGAGGGCGACUUUGCCAAACGUGAACCUGUUCAAGUUGGACCUGGCGACAGAGCUCCAAUAAAGAAACCACAAGACAACCUGAAACCAGAAGGAGAAUUUGCCAAGCGCGAACCUGUACAAGUUGGACCUGGAGACCGAGCUCCAAUAAAGAAGCCACAAGAUAAUCUGAAACCAGAGGGAGAGUUUGCCAAACGUGAACCUGUACAAGUUGGACCUGGAGACAGGGCACCAAUUAAGAAACCACAGGACAAUCUGAAACCAGAGGGAGAGUUUGCCAAACGCGAACCAGCACAAGUUGGGCCUGGAGACCGAGCUCCAAUAAAGAAGCCACAAGAUAAUCUGAGACCUGAGGGAGACUUUGCCAAACGUGAACCUGUUCAAGUUGGACCUGGCGACAGAGCUCCAAUAAAGAAACCACAAGACAACCUGAAACCAGAGGGAGAGUUUGCCAAACGCGAACCUAUACAAGUUGGACCUGGAGACCGAGCUCCAAUAAAGAAGCCACAAGACAAUCUGAAACCAGAGGGAGAGUUUGCCAAACGUGAACCUGUACAAGUUGGACCUGGAGACAGGGCACCAAUUAAGAAACCACAGGACAAUCUGAAACCAGAAGGAGAAUUUGCCAAACGUGAACCUGUACAAGUUGGACCAGGAGAAAGGGCUCCAGUCAAGAAACCUCAAGACAAUCUAAGACCAGAGGGUGAAUUUGCGAAACGAGAGCCCUCUGACGUAAGGCCAGGAGAACGUGCUGACGUAGUUAAGCACCCAGAUAACCUAAAACUUGAAGGUGAUUUCGACAGGCCUGAUGGAGUGCUGUACAGGCCAGGAGACAGAGCUCCCAUCGUUAAACAUCCGGAUAACUUGCGACUGGAAGGAGACUUCGACCGUCCAGAAAAAGCGAAAUUCGGUCCUGGAGAAAGGGCUGACGUAAAACGGCCUCAAGACAAUUUAAGACCUGAGGGUGAAUUCACGGGUAGGAAAAGAGACGAUUAUACUCCGACUAAAGGAGAUAGGAUGCCAGUCAAAAAGCCAGAAGACAAUCUAAAGCCAGAGGGUGACUUCACUGGUACAAAACGAGACGAUUACACACCAACUAAGGGAGAAAGGAUGCCUGUCAAAAAGCCAGAAGACAAUCUAAAGCCAGAGGGUGAAUUUCUAGGAAGAAAGAGGGACGAAUUCAGUCCAACUAAAGGAGAGAGAGCACCUGUGAAAAAACCACAAGACAACCUGAAACCAGAAGGCGAUUUUACUGGAAAGAAACGCGACGACUUCACAGCGACAAAAGGCGAAAGGGCGCCUACUAAGAAACCGGAGGAUAACUUAAAACCUGAAGGUGAUUUUGUAGGUGAGAGAAGAAAUGAAUACACAGUGGUUAAGGGUGACCGAGCUGUGGUGCGUAAGCCGUCGGAUAAUUUGAAACCUGAAGGUGAAUUCACAGUGGAAAGACGGAACGAGUACACCGCUGUGAGGGGCGAACGAGCUGAAGUGCGCCGACAUGAGGACCACUUGAAGAUGGAGGGGGAGUUUAUCGGCCAGACCACUUUACACGAAGAGUUCCAGGUCGUUCGUGGAGAAAGAGCCGAAGUAAAGCGUCAUGAAGACCAUCUCAGAACGGAAGGUGAUUUUACAUCCGAGACUACGGCCCGCAGCGAAUUCACUGGAGAACGUACGGAGCGACCGAGGCUCAUCCGGCGCAACACGUGGACGAAACUGGAGGGCGAGAUGAUCACCGAGACGACGGCUCGCGCCGAGUACCAGCAGCACGACGUGGUCGAGAGGACGACGGCCGUGCGCAGGCGCAGUGACAACCUCACCGUUGGAGGAGGACAAUUUGAGGGGACCUCCCAACAAAAAGAAGACUUCAAACCGCUAACGUUUGAAAGGCCCGUUAUAAAAAGACAUCAGGACAAUCUGUUAGUCGAAGGAGAUAUGUCAUUCGAAUCAUCUACUCAGGUAGACUUUACCGAGAAGGUGGGUCGUAGAGAGAGCCCAACACGCAGAAGGACAUGGACAAAACAGGAUGGGGAACAAUUCUUCGAAACAACAAGUGGGUCUGAAUUUAAAAAACAUAUGAUCACCGAAGCUAGACAAGUACAAAAACAUCACAAAGACAAUUUGAUACUAGAAGGAACGUUCAGCGGCACCCCUGUGAGUAGAGAUGACUACAAAGUUACACGAGGAGAGCGAGCUGACGUAAAGAGACCAGAAGACAAUCUUCGGCCAGAAGGAACUUUUGACGGUACUCCAAGAUCACGAGACGAUUACAAACCAGGAAAAGGUGAGAGGGCGAAGGUAAAGAAACCAAAAGACAACUUAAAAACAGAGGGAACAUUUGAAGGCACCCCACGGUCAAAGGACGAUUAUAAGCCAACAACUGGUGAAAGAGAAGAGGUACGAAAACCUAAGGACAACCUAAAACCUGAGGGAAAAUUUGAAGGAACUCCAAGGUCCAGAGACGACUACCACCCAACCAAAGGCGACAGAGCUGAAGUGAAAAAACCAAAGGAUAACCUCAAACCAGAGGGAGAAUUCGACAUGACACCCAGAUCAAAGGAGGAAUUCAAACCUGUGAGAGGAGAGAGAGCCGAUGUUAAAAGACCCAAGGACAAUCUUAGGCCUGAGGGCGACUUUGAACGGCCUGAACCAGAACGCUAUGGGCCUGGGGAACGUCCCUCACCUGUCAGGCAUCCCGACAACCUCAAGCUUGAGGGCGACUUUGAGCGCCCAGUGCCACAGAAGGUAGGUCCUGGCGAGAGAGCCGAAGUGAAGAGGCCAAAGGACAAUCUGCGACCAGAAGGGGAGUUUGAACGGCCAGAGCAUAAGAGGUAUGGCCCUGGCGAGAGGCCAGAAAUCGUGAGACAUCCUGAUAAUUUGAAACUGGAAGGCGAGUUUGAUCGUCCUGAACCAAAGAAAGUUGGUCCUGGGGAGAGGGCUGAAGUUAAGAAGCCUAAGGAUAAUCUUAAACCUGAGGGAGAGUUUGAACGCCCUGAACGGGAAAGGUAUGGGCCUGGAGAGAGACCAACACCUGUCAGGCAUCCUGACAACCUCAAGCUUGAGGGAGACUUUGAGCGCCCAGUGCCACAGAAGGUGGGACCUGGUGAGAGGGCCGAAGUGAAGAAACCAAAGGACAAUCUCCGACCAGAAGGCGAGUUUGACACGUCUCCACGGUCAAGGGACGACUUCAAGCCAACAAGAGGUGAAAGGGCCGAUGUCAAAAAGCCCAAGGACAAUUUACGGCCUGAGGGCGACUUUGAGAGACCAGAGCCAGUGAGGUAUGGUCCAGGAGAACGAGCUACACCAGUGAAACACCCUGACAAUCUGAGGCUGGAGGGCGAUUUCGAAAGGCCUGAGCCACAGAGGGUUGGGCCAGGAGAACGAGCAGAUGUGAAGAAGCCCAAAGACAACUUGCGGCCUGAGGGUGAUUUUGACGCCUCACCUCGUUCCAGAGAUGACUUCAAGCCCACAAGAGGAGAGCGUGCUGAUGUGAAGAGGCCAACCGACAAUCUCAGGCCUGAGGGAGACUUUGAAGGAACUCCGAGAUCCAGAGACGAGUUCAAGCCAACAAGAGGCGAGAGAGCUGAUGUGAAGAAACCUAAAGACAAUCUGCGCCCUGAGGGAGAAUUCGAGAAGCGCCAGCCAGCGCCAUAUGGUCCAGGGGAGAGAGCUGAACCGGUCAGGCACCCAGACAACUUGAAGCUCGAGGGAGACUUCGAACGACCAACUCCACAGAAGGUAGGACCUGGUGAGCGAGCUCCAGUCAAGAAGCCUGAAGACAACCUGCGACCUGAGGGUGAAUUCGAAGGCACACCACGCUCAAGGGACGACUUCAGGCCAACGAGAGGAGAUCGUGCAGAUGUGCGAAAGCCAACAGACAACCUGAGACCCGAAGGCGAGUUUGAAGGUACUCCACGAUCUAGGGACGACUUCAAGCCAACCAGGGGAGAAAGGGCAGAUGUCAAGAAGCCAAAGGAUAACCUACGUCCUGAGGGAGACUUCGAAAGGCCAGAGCCUGUGAGGUAUGGACCUGGAGAGAGAACGGAACCUGUCAGGCAUCCUGACAAUUUGAAGCUUGAAGGCGACUUUGAACGGCCAACACCACAGAAGGUUGGUCCUGGAGAGAGGGCAGAGGUCAGAAAGCCCAAGGACAAUCUGAAGAUGGAGGGAGAUUUCGAGGUACCAGAGAAACCAAGAUAUGGGCCAGGUGAGCGUGCUCCCGUUGUCAAGCACGAUGACAAUCUGAGGCCAGAAGGAGAGUUUGGAGGACCAAGGUCGCGUGAUGACUACACACCAACAAGGGGUGAGAGAGCACCAGUGGUGAGGCACGCCGAUAACUUGAAGGUAGAAGGUGAUUUUGUCGACUCUCGCACCAGAGACGACUAUCAAGUGGUGAGAGGAGAGCGUCAUGACAUCGUUAAGAGAACAGACAAUCUGAGGGUUGAAGGCACGAUGGAAACACGCCGAUCCAGAGACGACUAUCAAGCAGUCAACAUUGAGCGAGUUGAGAUCAAGCGCUAUGAGGAUAAUCUUCGUAUGGAAGGAGAGUUCAUUGACACCAGGAGGGAUGACCAUGUGGUGGUAAGAGGAGAACGUGCAGAAGUACGAAGACCGCAAGACAAUCUCCGACCUGAAGGAGACUUUGAGGGCACACCUAGAAACAGAGAUGACUACAAGCCAACGAGAGGAGAGCGCGCAGAUGUGAAACGACCGACAGACAACCUACGUCCAGAAGGCGAGUUUGAAGGCACUCCACGAUCCAGGGAGGAGUUCAAACCCAUGAGGGGAGAGAGAGCCGAUGUUAAAAGACCCAAGGACAAUCUUAGGCCUGAGGGCGACUUUGAACGGCCUGAACCAGAACGCUAUGGGCCUGGGGAACGUCCCUCACCUGUCAGGCAUCCCGACAACCUCAAGCUUGAGGGCGACUUUGAGCGCCCAGUGCCACAGAAGGUAGGUCCUGGCGAGAGAGCCGAAGUGAAGAGGCCAAAGGACAAUCUGCGACCAGAAGGGGAGUUUGAACGGCCAGAGCAUAAGAGGUAUGGCCCUGGCGAGAGGCCAGAAAUCGUGAGACAUCCUGAUAAUUUGAAACUGGAAGGCGAGUUUGAUCGUCCUGAACCAAAGAAAGUUGGUCCUGGGGAGAGGGCUGAAGUUAAGAAGCCUAAGGAUAAUCUUAAACCUGAGGGAGAGUUUGAACGCCCUGAACGGGAAAGGUAUGGGCCUGGAGAGAGACCAACACCUGUCAGGCAUCCUGACAACCUCAAGCUUGAGGGAGACUUUGAGCGCCCAGUGCCACAGAAGGUGGGACCUGGUGAGAGGGCCGAAGUGAAGAAACCAAAGGACAAUCUCCGACCAGAAGGCGAGUUUGACACGUCUCCACGGUCAAGGGACGACUUCAAGCCAACAAGAGGUGAAAGGGCCGAUGUCAAAAAGCCCAAGGACAAUUUACGGCCUGAGGGCGACUUUGAGAGACCAGAGCCAGUGAGGUAUGGUCCAGGAGAACGAGCUACACCAGUGAAACACCCUGACAAUCUGAGGCUGGAGGGCGAUUUCGAAAGGCCUGAGCCACAGAGGGUUGGGCCAGGAGAACGAGCAGAUGUGAAGAAGCCCAAAGACAACUUGCGGCCUGAGGGUGAUUUUGACGCCUCACCUCGUUCCAGAGAUGACUUCAAGCCCACAAGAGGAGAGCGUGCUGAUGUGAAGAGGCCAACCGACAAUCUCAGGCCUGAGGGAGACUUUGAAGGAACUCCGAGAUCCAGAGACGAGUUCAAGCCAACGAGAGGCGAGAGAGCUGAUGUGAAGAAACCUAAGGACAAUCUGCGCCCUGAGGGAGAAUUCGAGAAGCGCCAGCCAGCGCCAUAUGGUCCAGGGGAGAGAGCUGAACCGGUCAGGCACCCAGACAACUUGAAGCUCGAGGGAGACUUCGAACGACCAACUCCACAGAAGGUAGGACCUGGUGAGCGAGCUCCAGUCAAGAAGCCUGAAGACAACCUGCGACCUGAGGGUGAAUUCGAAGGCACACCACGCUCAAGGGACGACUUCAGGCCAACGAGAGGAGAUCGUGCAGAUGUGCGAAAGCCAACAGACAACCUGAGACCCGAAGGCGAGUUUGAAGGUACUCCACGAUCUAGGGACGACUUCAAGCCAACCAGGGGAGAAAGGGCAGAUGUCAAGAAGCCAAAGGAUAACCUACGUCCUGAGGGAGACUUCGAAAGGCCAGAGCCUGUGAGGUAUGGACCUGGAGAGAGAACGGAACCGGUCAGGCAUCCUGACAAUUUGAAGCUUGAAGGUGACUUUGAACGGCCAACACCACAGAAGGUUGGUCCUGGAGAGAGGGCAGAGGUCAGAAAGCCCAAGGACAAUCUGAAGAUGGAGGGAGAUUUCGAGGUACCAGAGAAACCACGAUAUGGGCCAGGUGAGCGUGCUCCCGUUGUCAAGCACGAUGACAAUCUGAAGCCAGAAGGAGAGUUUGGAGGACCAAGGUCGCGUGAUGACUACACACCAACAAGGGGUGAGAGAGCACCAGUGGUGAGGCACGCCGAUAACUUGAAGGUAGAAGGUGAUUUUGUCGACUCUCGCACCAGAGACGACUAUCAAGUGGUGAGAGGAGAGCGUCAUGACAUCGUUAAGAGAACAGACAAUCUGAGGGUUGAAGGCACGAUGGAAACACGCCGAUCCAGAGACGACUAUCAAGCAGUCAACAUUGAGCGAGUUGAGAUCAAGCGCUAUGAGGAUAAUCUUCGCAUGGAAGGAGAGUUCAUUGACACCAGGAGGGAUGACUAUGUGGUGGUAAGAGGAGAACGUGCAGAAGUACGAAGACCGCAAGACAAUCUCCGACCUGAAGGAGACUUUGAGGGCACACCUAGAAACAGAGAUGACUACAAGCCAACGAGAGGAGAGCGCGCAGAUGUGAAACGACCGACAGACAACCUACGUCCAGAAGGCGAGUUUGAAGGCACUCCACGAUCCAGGGAGGAGUUCAAACCCAUGAGGGGAGAGAGAGCCGAUGUUAAAAGACCCAAGGACAAUCUUAGGCCCGAGGGCGACUUUGAACGGCCUGAACCAGAACGCUAUGGGCCUGGGGAACGUCCCUCACCUGUCAGGCAUCCCGACAACCUCAAGCUUGAGGGCGACUUUGAGCGCCCAGUGCCACAGAAGGUAGGUCCUGGCGAGAGAGCCGAAGUGAAGAGGCCAAAGGACAAUCUGCGACCAGAAGGGGAGUUUGAACGGCCAGAGCAUAAGAGGUAUGGCCCUGGCGAGAGGCCAGAAAUCGUGAGACAUCCUGAUAAUUUGAAACUGGAAGGCGAGUUUGAUCGUCCUGAACCAAAGAAAGUUGGUCCUGGGGAGAGGGCUGAAGUUAAGAAGCCUAAGGAUAAUCUUAAACCUGAGGGAGAGUUUGAACGCCCUGAACGGGAAAGGUAUGGGCCUGGAGAGAGACCAACACCUGUCAGGCAUCCUGACAACCUCAAGCUUGAGGGAGACUUUGAGCGCCCAGUGCCACAGAAGGUGGGACCUGGUGAGAGGGCCGAAGUGAAGAAACCAAAGGACAAUCUCCGACCAGAAGGCGAGUUUGACACGUCUCCACGGUCAAGGGACGACUUCAAGCCAACAAGAGGUGAAAGGGCCGAUGUCAAAAAGCCCAAGGACAAUUUACGGCCUGAGGGCGACUUUGAGAGACCAGAGCCAGUGAGGUAUGGUCCAGGAGAACGAGCUACACCAGUGAAACACCCUGACAAUCUGAGGCUGGAGGGCGAUUUCGAAAGGCCUGAGCCACAGAGGGUUGGGCCAGGAGAACGAGCAGAUGUGAAGAAGCCCAAAGACAACUUGCGGCCUGAGGGUGAUUUUGACGCCUCACCUCGUUCCAGAGAUGACUUCAAGCCCACAAGAGGAGAGCGUGCUGAUGUGAAGAGGCCAACCGACAAUCUCAGGCCUGAGGGAGACUUUGAAGGAACUCCGAGAUCCAGAGACGAGUUCAAGCCAACGAGAGGCGAGAGAGCUGAUGUGAAGAAACCUAAAGACAAUCUGCGCCCUGAGGGAGAAUUCGAGAAGCGCCAGCCAGCGCCAUAUGGUCCAGGGGAGAGAGCUGAACCGGUCAGGCACCCAGACAACUUGAAGCUCGAGGGAGACUUCGAACGACCAACUCCACAGAAGGUAGGACCUGGUGAGCGAGCUCCAGUCAAGAAGCCUGAAGACAACCUGCGACCUGAGGGUGAAUUCGAAGGCACACCACGCUCAAGGGACGACUUCAGGCCAACGAGAGGAGAUCGUGCAGAUGUGCGAAAGCCAACAGACAACCUGAGACCCGAAGGCGAGUUUGAAGGUACUCCACGAUCUAGGGACGACUUCAAGCCAACCAGGGGAGAAAGGGCAGAUGUCAAGAAGCCAAAGGAUAACCUACGUCCUGAGGGAGACUUCGAAAGGCCAGAGCCUGUGAGGUAUGGACCUGGAGAGAGAACGGAACCUGUCAGGCAUCCUGACAAUUUGAAGCUUGAAGGCGACUUUGAACGGCCAACACCACAGAAGGUUGGUCCUGGAGAGAGGGCAGAGGUCAGAAAGCCCAAGGACAAUCUGAAGAUGGAGGGAGAUUUCGAGGUACCAGAGAAACCAAGAUAUGGGCCAGGUGAGCGAGCUCCCGUUGUCAAGCACGAUGACAAUCUGAGGCCAGAAGGAGAGUUUGGAGGACCAAGGUCGCGUGAUGACUACACACCAACAAGGGGUGAGAGAGCACCAGUGGUGAGGCACGCCGAUAACUUGAAGGUAGAAGGUGAUUUUGUCGACUCUCGCACCAGAGACGACUAUCAAGUGGUGAGAGGAGAGCGUCAUGACAUCGUUAAGAGAACAGACAAUCUGAGGGUUGAAGGCACGAUGGAAACACGCCGAUCCAGAGACGACUAUCAAGCAGUCAACAUUGAGCGAGUUGAGAUCAAGCGCUAUGAGGAUAAUCUUCGGAUGGAAGGAGAGUUCAUUGACACCAGGAGGGAUGACUAUGUGGUGGUAAGAGGAGAACGUGCAGAAGUACGAAGACCACAAGACAAUCUCCGACCUGAGGGUGAAUUUGAGGGCACACCUAAAAAUAGAGUUGAUUACAAACCAACAAGGGGAGAGCGUGCUGAUGUAGAACGGCCUACAGACAACCUAAGACCAGAAGGUGAGUUUGAAGGCUCUCCACGGUCGAAGGAGGAGUUCAAACCCGUGAGAGGAGAAAGAGCCGAUGUUAAAAGACCCAAGGACAAUCUUAGGCCCGAGGGCGACUUUGAACGGCCUGAACCAGAACGCUAUGGGCCUGGAGAACGUCCCUCACCUGUCAGGCAUCCCGACAACCUCAAGCUUGAGGGCGACUUUGAGCGCCCAGUGCCACAGAAGGUAGGUCCUGGCGAGAGAGCCGAAGUGAAGAGGCCAAAGGACAAUCUGCGACCAGAAGGGGAGUUUGAGCGGCCAGAGCAUAAAAAGUAUGGGCCUGGCGAGAGGCCAGAAAUCGUGAGACAUCCUGAUAAUUUGAAACUGGAAGGCGAGUUUGAUCGUCCUGAACCGAAGAAAGUAGGUCCAGGAGAGAGGGCUGAAGUUAAGAAGCCUAAGGAUAAUCUUAAACCUGAGGGAGAGUUUGAACGUCCUGAACGGGAAAGAUAUGGGCCUGGAGAGAGACCCUCACCUGUUAGGCAUCCUGACAACCUCAAACUCGAAGGCGACUUUGAGAGAAGAGUGCCACAGAAGGUGGGACCUGGUGAGAGGGCCGAAGUCAAGAAGCCAAGGGAUAAUUUGCGGCCUGAAGGUGAAUUUGAGCGACCUGAGAAGAAGGGAUAUGGUCCUGGUGAGAGGCCAGAGAUCGUGAGGCAUCCUGAUAAUCUGAAACUGGAAGGCGAGUUUGAUCGUCCUGAACCAAAGAAAGUUGGUCCUGGUGAGAGAGCUGAAGUUAAGAAACCGAAGGACAAUCUGAAACCUGAAGGUGAGUUUGAGCGUCCUGAGCAAGUAAGGUAUGGGCCUGGAGAGAGACCCUCUCCUGUCAGACAUCCUGAUAAUCUCAAACUCGAGGGUGACUUUGAACGACGUGUGCCACAAAAGGUGGGACCUGGUGAUCGGGCUGAGGUGAAGAAACCAAAGGACAAUCUCCGACCAGAAGGCGAGUUUGAGCGGCCAGAGCAAAAGAAAUAUGGUCCUGUCGAAAGACCUAAAAUUGUGAAACAUCCUGAUAAUUUGAAACUUGAAGGAGACUUUGAUCGCCCAGAGCGACAGAAAUUUGGCCCUGGACAGAGAGCUGAUGUGAAGAAGCCAAAGGAUAACCUGAAACCAGAAGGUCCCUUUGAGGGUUCACCUAGAUCCAAAGAUGAAUUCAAACCAACCAAAGGUGAAAGAUAUGACGUUAAGAAACCUGUGGAUAAUCUGAAGCCUGAAGGGGAGUUUGAGAGCCGAAGGAAAUCUAAGGACGAGUAUACCAUUGUACGUGGCGAAAGGGCCGAUAUUGUGAAACAUACUGACAAUCUCCGAAUGGAGGGGUCGUUCGAAGAACGAAGGAGCAGAGACGAUUAUGCUGUUGUGAAAGGGGAGAGGACGGAAAUUAAAAAGCAUACUGACAAUCUCAAAGUAGAAGGGAAGUUUGAGAGUAAACGUACACGUGAUGACUACAAUGUUGUUAAAGGUGAGAGGGCUGAAGUUGUAGUUCAUCGAGACAAUCUCAAGGUCGAAGGAACUUUUGAAGCUUCCCCCACAACGCGUGAUGCUUUUAAGCCUACUACAGGUGACCGUGCAGAAGUUAAAAAGCAUACUGACAAUCUCAAAGUUGAAGGGCGCAUUGACAUCCACCGAUCGCGAGACGAUUACACUGUAGUAAAGGGAGAGCGUGCUGAUAUUAAGAGGUAUGAGGAUAACCUCCGUAUAGAGGGAGACUUUACUGAUAAACGCUCAAGCGAUGAUUUCAAACCAGUUAAAGGAGACAGGGCAGAAGUUAAAAAAUACCAAGAUAACCUUAAGUUGGAAGGUUCUUUUGAAGGAAGUCCAAGAUCGAAAGACGAUUUCAAACCAGGGGCUGGAGAGCGUCCUUCCAUCCGAAAACCUCAAGACAAUCUAAAAGUUGGUGGAGAGUUCCAAGGUAGAACAACCCAGAAAUCGCAGUACACAGUCGUAAAAGGUGAGAGAGCCGAAGUCAAGAAACAUGCUGACACGCUUUCUGUGGGAAGUGGCACAAUGGACUUGAAAACGACAAGUAAAGAUACUUUCCAAGGCCAGAGACGAGAAUCGGCGUCAUCUAGAGCUACGAUCAAUAAAAGACGGCAUAUGGAUUCUCAGAUUUCGCUCGGAGAUGAAAAUAUUAUUAUAACUACGACCAACAGAGCUAACUAUAAAACAGAAAAACGUGUAUCGGAUGUCGUUGAUGGUGGAAAGACCAUUCAGGACACUAAAAAGUCUACUACGACAGAAAAGAAGACGUUAGCCGACGGUACAGUUGUUACAAUUACGAGAGAAUGUACCGAAACUAUGAGAGGCCAAGAAGCAAAGACUUCACAGACGAAGGUAACACAGCAGGAGGCGAGCUCUAAGAGUACUCUACUAACAUCGUCAGUUGAUAAAGUACAGCAACAUUCGGCCCAACACGUGUCGGAUAACAGGAAAAUUUCGACAUCCGAAAGCGCAACGCACAUGUCAAAGCAAAAUGCUUCACAAAUGUCCAGAUCCGAGAGUGCGACACAUGUGUCAAAGGCAAAUGCUUCGCAGGUGUCAAGAUCUGAGAGUGCGACACACUUGUCGAAGGUAAACGCUUCUCAGGUGUCAAAAUCCGAAAGUGCGACACACAUAGAAAAGACUAGCUCUUCGCGCAUGACCCAGGAAUCAGUAUCGUCCACCAGUGAACGUACACUCCAGAGCCAACAGCAUUCGUCUGUGAGUGAGACCACACGCGGAGGUUCAAGAACUCACGCUAGCAGCAGUGAGUUCAUGGAGGCCAUCAGCGGCUCGUCACCCGCCGGGAAGUCACCCGGGGAUGCGGCCGUCGCCAAGACUGGCCAUCACCGCAAGAGCAUAAUCUCAUCCACGUCAGCAGACUUGAGCAACGCCGUGCUCCACCGGAAGAGCAUGACAACGUCCACGGAAGCCCUGCACACCAUCUCCACUGCAGCGUCCGCACAAAGAAAGAGCAUCAGCAACCUGCACGAAACAGGCCAGUUUAUCAGCAACUCGUCACAGAGCCAGGACAGGCGAAGCCUGAGUGCCCUGCACCGGCAGGGCCAGCAGACACGCGACAAUGUCUCUUCGGUAAUCAGUGUCGAUCACCAGCACCAGCAGCACGGAGCUGUGCGACGCUCCUCGACCUACAACCAACAGCAGCAGCAGCAGCACCAGAACCAGCUGUCCCGCACAGAACGAAUCGUCCGACAAGAUAACCUAUCCGUGGGUGGAGGCAUGUUCCACGGGCAAAGCGAAGCCAGGGCCUAUGGAAACUUCAUCAGCAAUGGCAACAGCUCUACAGUGGUGCGAAACGAACGUGUCACCAGGAGGUCCAAUACGUCGCACAUCAGCCUCGGCGACUCUUCAUCCACCAUAAUCGCCUCGUCAUACAAAAACGAAUACGUUCCAAGGAACACAGGUCCUUGCCCCGCGAGUUUGCUCGACACUAAAGACUCGCCGUUCAAGCACAAACGCGACACUCCAAAGCACAAGUUCUAUGCUCCAGUCGGUUCGAAUUAAUCUUUUUUACCCUUAUGUUCCUCCGAUACCGAGAGAUACUUGCGGUUCGGACAGCCUUUCGCACAAGACUGUACAAGCAAUGAUUGCUUUGUAAUUUUUGAAAUCAUAACCCUUAAUAAACCGUAGCAACGUUCUCUUAUUCUCCCUCCCCACAGACACAAACGUAUACAAGGAACACGACGGCAAUAAUCUCCAGUAUAGUGUUUCAACAGUAUGUCUUGGGCCUUUACUGCCACAUCCUCUUGUGCUAAAAUGGGUAUCGCGGUUCCUUAUUCUUCCAUUAUUAAUGCUAAUAACCUUCUGGUGGCUAAACUGUGAUAGUAUGUAACCGUCCCUCGUUACACAUUUGUUGAUUGCCUUGGAAAGACAAAUCUAACAUAGUUAUGUUGUAAGGAUUUUUAACAACAGAUGAAGAUAUAUUUUAUUAAAAAUUUAGUGAUUAGUAGAGCUUACUGGUUGUACUGUUUUUAUAAGAACAUUUUUAUUCCCAUGUUGCUGUCUUUAAAAUGUUUAUUUUAAACCUCAUGAUUAAUACUGAUUUUGCUUUGUGGUUACUUUCAAAUCACGGUUGAGAGUUUGCCUAUUUGCCUUUACUCGUUUGUAAACUUUAAAACAUGACCUUUUUUAAUCUGAUUUACAUGGAUAAUUUAUUUCAAUAAGUUUAUUACAGAAUUUUUCGGCUUUUGUUUAUGACUAAGGUGCAUUAAUCGCUGUAGCAUCAAACAAAAACAAAAUAAAAUUUUGUUGUACAAAUA